AUGGCAUCUUCUGGCCUAGGACAUGGAGGAGCUGGCAGUUCAAGAUCUUCUAAUGGUUUCAAGGGAUCAUCUAGUUCAGUUGAUUGGCUUGGAAAGGAGAUGCUAGAAAUGAGAUUGAGGGACAGAAUGGACCCUGAUGAUGAUAGAGACAGUGAACCCGAUAUAAUUGAUGGUGUGGGUGCUGAAACAGGACAUGUCAUUAGGACCACUACUGGUGGCCGAAAUGGUCAACCCAAGCAGGCCGUUAGUUACAUAGCGGAACAUGUUGUUGGAACUGGUUCCUUUGGAGUAGUUGUGCAAGCGAAAUGUCAAGAUACUGGAGAAAUUGUUGCUAUCAAGAAGGUUCUUCAAGACAAACGAUACAAGAAUAGGGAGUUGCAGAUUAUGCAAAUGUUGGAUCAUCCUAACAUUGUGGCCCUAAAGCAUUCUUUUUUUUCAACAACAGACAAGGAAGAGAUACAUCUGAACCUUGUUCUUGAAUACGUUCCUGACACUGUUAAUCGUACUGCAAGGCAAUACAGCAGGAUGAACCAACGAAUGCCAUUGAUAUAUGUCAAACUAUAUACUUAUCAGAUAUGCAGGGCACUUGCUUAUAUACAUAAUUCUAUUGGUAUCUGUCACCGUGACAUCAAGCCUCAGAAUUUACUUGUGAAUCCACACACUCACCAGCUGAAGAUAUGUGACUUUGGAAGUGCUAAAGUUUUGGUUAAGGGAGAACCCAAUGUGUCCUAUAUCUGUUCGAGAUAUUAUCGUGCUCCUGAACUCAUAUUUGGUGCCACUGAAUACACAACUGCAAUAGAUAUAUGGUCAACUGGUUGUGUAAUGGCUGAAUUACUUCUUGGGCAGCCCUUGUUUCCCGGAGAGAGUGGAGUCGAUCAACUCGUUGAAAUUAUAAAGGUUCUGGGAACACCUACCAGAGAGGAGAUCAAAUGCAUGAAUCCAAACUACACUGAGUUCAAGUUUCCGCAGAUAAAGCCCCAUCCUUGGCACAAGGUAUUCCAGAAGCGUCUGCCUGCAGAAGCAGUUGACCUGGUUUGUCGUUUUUUUCAGUACUCGCCAAAUCUUAGAUGCACUGCUUUGGAAGCUUGUGUUCACCCUUUCUUUGAUGAUCUGAGGGACCCAAACACCCGUCUUCCUAAUGGUCGCCCUCUUCCUCCACUCUUUAAUUUUAAACCUCAAGAGCUUACAGUGCAGAGUGAUGUUCAUUGGCGUCCUAGGCUUCAGCAAAAGAUCUUGCUGAGGACUGUGUUCCGAGCAGACGGAUUGGCUGCCGAGAAAGGAGUUGUUGUUAUGACACUAAUUGAGGCGUAUGAAGCAUUUGACUCGUUCAAAAUGUUUUUGGCUCUGCCAGUGGUUGUGUCAGCAUCGAAGAAUAUUUGGAAGGAGAAGAAGCGUCGUUCUUUGCUUUGGUACAUGGAGAAAAUGCCAUACCUUUAG